AUGCAGUAUACGCCUUUUGCCUCGGAUAUAGAGCUCCCGUUUUACACCGCAUUAGCAUCAUUGAAAAUCAAUCAUGACAAGCUUGAUGACUCUGCCCGCAAGAUAAUAGGCCUCUAUGAAAUUCGCUCAACAGACCCUCCUAGCAGCUCAUGUAGGAUGCAAAUACAUGGAAAUGCUCUAACCAGUGAUGAGGUACCAGCGGGUUUCUACAGAGCCGAAGGAUUGAUUAAGAAUGUCAACACUAUCGAGGAAUACCGAACUGUAGACAAAACACUUUUACUCCACCGAUCUGGCAGAAUGAUAUGGGAUGCGAUAAAAGAUGGCACCAUCUAUUCGUGCCCAUCACUUUUGUCUUCCUUUGCCAUUCUUUCUUAUGCAGACCUGAAGAGAUACAAGUUUCAUUAUUGGUUCGCAUUCCCUGCAAUUCAUUUGGAUCCUUCCUGGGCCCCACUAGGGCCAAAUAAUGAUACUGCUCACUCCAAGUCUUCUGAAAGGGAAUGUGUACCUUCUACAUACUUAUCAAGUGUUGAAAGUUCAACACUCGUGGAAGCAGUAAACACCUGGAGCUACGGCAUUGACGCACGACAGCGUGGGUUUUUUCUAGCUCGAAGAACCCUAGCUGCUAGCGGCAAAGCCUCUCAGGAUUCUACUAAAGAUACAGGUUCUGAACCGGGAAAGGGGAAAGCAGCAGAUGUCGAGAGUGUCUGUUGGCGGAUUGCUACCCUUUCAGAUUAUGAAAAUGGAUUUUUUGACGGGGCUAACUUUGAAGAUUGCUAUGUCUGCUUCGUUGAUCCUUCUAAUUACGAAAAAGCGCCUGGCUGGAUGCUGAGGAAUCUGCUGGUGCUUGUAAAACAUCGAUGGAAAUUGAGUAAAAUUCAAGUUUUGAGAUUUCGCGAUGUGCAUUCGAAGCGUGACCAAGGCCGCAGCAUCGUGGUAACAUUAGCGGAGAAGAACCAGCAAACGUCAAUACUGAAGGCGCCAGACAAUCUUAUGCCCAAAGUGACCGGUUGGGAGCGCAAUCCAACAGGGAAAUUGACAGGGAGAUUGGUAGACCUGACGGAAUAUCUGGAUCCCCAGAGAUUAGCAGAUCAGUCUGUAGACCUCAACCUGAAACUCAUGAAAUGGCGAAUCAGUCCCAACCUAGACCUUGAAAAGAUCAAGCAUACAAAAUGCCUCCUGCUUGGUGCAGGCACUCUUGGAAGCUAUGUUGCCCGGAAUCUGAUGGGCUGGGGCGUUACCAAGAUAACGUUUGUCGACAAUGGGUCGGUAUCAUUCUCUAACCCAGUAAGACAGCCGCUAUUUAACUUUAAAGAUUGUUUGGCAGGUGGAGUUAAAAAGGCGCAUCGGGCUUCUCAAGCUUUGUCGGAGAUUUACCCAGGGGUCGAAUCUACCGGAUAUGCUCUAUCAGUGCCAAUGGCCGGUCACCCCGUAUUAGAUGCUGAAAAGACCCGACAGGAGUUUGAACUCCUUAAACGAUUGAUAGAUGAGCAUGAUGUCAUCUUUCUUCUAAUGGACACACGAGAAUCCCGCUGGUUACCAACUGUCAUGGGAAAGGCAGCGGGAAAAAUUGUGAUGAAUGCUGCAUUAGGGUUUGACUCCUUCGUUGUUAUGCGCCAUGGUGUGAAGGUUGCAGAAGACCCAGCAGCAGAGCUCGGUUGCUAUUUUUGCAAUGAUAUUGUUGCUCCAGUGAACUCCAUGAAAGACCAGACACUGGAUCAACAGUGUACCGUGACCAGACCUGGCGUGGCCGCGAUUGCUUCGGCCUUAUUGGUUGAGCUGCUAAUUUCUGUCCUUCAACACCCUCUGGGUGCUGCAGCUCCGGCUCCGGCCUCAAGGGAUGAUGAUCGAGGGAGUCAUCCCCUAGGACUCGUGCCACAUCAAAUUAGAGGUUUCCUUUCAACCUUUGAGAAUCUAUGCGUAGUAGGCAAGAGCUACAAAUGCUGUAGUGCUUGCUCAGAAAAAAUCGUUGACACGUACAAGGAGAAAGGCUGGGAUUUUGUGCACAAAGCUUUGGAUGAGACUGGAUACGUGGAAGACCUAAGCGGUCUUAAGGAGGUUCAAACAAUCGCUGAAGCCACAGCUGCCGACAUCGAGUGGGAUGAGGUCUCUGGAACCGAUAAUGAGUUAGAGGCCAUGGGAGCUGACAGAUGA